CCGGUACAGGCGCUUCGGUAUUGUUCAGUCAGCGCGAGGACAUUCAUUCGGUCGUGUUACUGCAAUAUACGCUUGUUCUAAAGUUAGCAGUGCUUAACGGUGAGGAAAUAAGGUUCGUGAUUUGGUUGUGUUUGGUUUACACAUGGCUGUAAGAAGGGGACACAUAAGAUACCUGAAGGUUUGUGAGGUGCAGAGCCAAGGUAAUGACAGAGAUUUGCAGCAGCUUGGCAAGGGAGCCAGCAUGAAGACUCCUGAAGGGCUUUCUCCUUCAUUUUUUGAGCAGGACGCCUACAGCCUUCCUAAUGGUUUUGAAAGCCACUUAGGAGACGAGCCAAAAGAUGCUAAAACUAACCUGAUAGUCAAUUACUUGCCACAGAACAUGUCGCAGGAUGAGCUGCGUAGUCUGUUCAGCAGCAUCGGUGAGGUGGAGUCUGCCAAACUUAUUCGGGACAAAAUGGGAGGCCACAGUUUAGGGUACGGAUUUGUUAACUAUAUUAACCCUAGUGAUGCAGAAAGGGCAAUCAGUACUCUCAAUGGGCUGAGACUACAGUCUAAAACUAUCAAGGUCUCUUAUGCCAGGCCAAGCUCUGACUCAAUUAAAGAUGCCAAUCUUUACAUUAGUGGCUUGCCCAAGACCAUGACCCAGAAAGAUGUGGAAGACUUAUUUACCCAGUAUGGACGCAUCAUAAACUCAAGGGUGCUGGUAGAUCAGGCUUCAGGUAAAGGCUUGUCACGUGGAGUCGCCUUCAUUCGCUUUGACAGGAGAAUUGAAGCAGAAGAUGCCAUUAAAGGUCUGAAUGGUCAGAAGCCCCCUGGAGCAUCUGAGCCCAUCACAGUGAAGUUUGCAGCAAAUCCCAACCAGGCAAAGAACUCGCAGCUGCUGUCCCAGUUCUAUCACACACAGUCUAGGCGCUUUGGAGGCCCUGUUCAUCACCAGACCCAGAGGUUCAGGUUCUCACCAAUGAGUGUAGACCACAUGAGUAGUGUCUCUAGCAUGAAUGUAUCCGGGAGCUCGACCCCUGGCUGGUGCAUCUUCAUUUACAAUCUGGGUCAAGAUUGCGACGAAGGCCUUCUGUGGCAGAUGUUCGGCCCCUUCGGCGCAGUCACCAACGUCAAAGUCAUCCGCGACUUCAACACCAACAAAUGCAGAGGUUUUGGUUUCGUCACAAUGACCAAUUACGAAGAGGCGGCCAUGGCCAUCGCCAGCCUCAACGGAUACCGUCUGGGAGACAAGGUCCUCCAGGUCUCCUUCAAGACCAGCAAGUCUCACAAAUAAAAGGACAGAAAGUAUUGCUUUUGGAACUUGUAUACUUGUCUCUUUCCUCCUAUGUCCAUGUUUGUUUGAGUAAAAAUUAUUAAUGUACCUUUGUUAAAAUAAAUAGGUUAGUAGUAGUAUUGCUGUUUAUUAAUCUGGAAUUGAACGAAUUGGCUCAAAAGAGUGGGCUACAUGGCCUAAAAGUUUUAUCUUCAUAUGUUUAAUAUUUUUUGUAGUGUUUCUCACUGUUUGAUUUACUAUCUGAUGCCAUAAAGCAUCGAACCAUAAGUAAAUGUUACAUAGGGUCAUAUUACAGUGUCAUCGCAGCACUAGUUUUGUCUUAUUGUGUAGCAUUUACCAUGGUUGAAUGUUUGUUGUGGGCGGGUUAUUUCCUCGAGUCAGUCUGACAAUUUUGGCCGAUGGAACCAGAUGCUGAUGGUCAGUGUCACAUCUCUGUGGCUCUACGUAAACCUAAUUCUACCAUUUUCACUUCUGGAUUCGAUCAAUUUGCUUUGCUAUAUGGCUGGUUUUAGAACCCUACAGAGUGCAGCCCUUAUUGUAUAGACCUUGUAAAUAUUCCACCCACAUAUCCCCCAUGUAAUCUAUCGGAUCGGUCGUGAUUUAAGUUUAAGGACCAAAGCAGCUGGAGAGUACGCAUCAUUGUGCUGAUUUAUGCAAUUGUGUUUGAACCCUUUUGCUGUAUAAAUAAGUUUGUAUUCUUUUGCAGCUACUAUUUAAGUUUUGCAAGUUUUUUUUUAAACCACAAACAAACUUUUCUGCAUCAACCCCUUUUCUCAAUUGUUAGGCAACUCUCCUACAUCCUACAUGGUGGAAUUGGUCGUUAUUUCGUUUUAAUUGUAUGACGGGUCGUUGUCCUCACACAAGCUGUCAGAAAUUGGCAUUUGGUGAAGAAAAAGCUGUUCUUUGAUCUGAGUAAAAUAUUCAUUGGUUUGUUUUUGUUUUCCUACGUGGUCUGUAAUGUAGUCUUCAAUUUCUUUAACUUACACACUGUAUAUAAAUAUUUGACAUGCUUGGUGUGAGAUUUAGUAUAAUGAAUAACUGAAUAUAAACAGAAUAUUAAACAUUUAUUGACUUUUUUUUGAUUGGUUUAUGCUCACCCUAGAGUCGUGUAAAAUUUCUUUUUUUCCCAUUAUAUGCAUGUUCAUUUGAUGUUACUUAGCUGUAGCCUUGACAUCAUGCAGCGUACGUGUUUCACAUUUGUCUACUUCAUCAGAAGUAUGCUCUGAGCUCUUGUAGUAUCUUUUUAUGUAUUUACCAAUAAACACCAUUGUUUUCUUGUAAA